AUGUCUGAAUUGAACUUGAGUCCCGUUGAGUUGCACAACUUGAGGACAUCAUGGUCCAAAACCAACCAAAAAGAGUUUUUUGAUAAGCUCUACCCCAACUUGUUGGAUCAAAAUAGGUCUUUGCGUCGAAUCUUCAACAAUGAUGAUUUUGUCGUUAAACACCAUCUGGAAAUAUUUGCUGAUUGCUUACAGUUUGUUAUAAGCAAUGUACAGGAUGCUUCGUUGGUUGAUGAAUUUUUAUACCAGUUUGUACAGGAGAACCAGAGAUUUGCUAGCAUGGCUGUACAGUAUCUCGAACCAAUGGGAAAUGCGUUUAUUACCACUUUUAAACAGGUUUUGAACACUUCAUGGACCAGUGUAUUGGAAUUGGUGUGGAUUAAAGUUUUUGUCUUUAUCGCAAAUUCUAUCUUGGGCUACGAAGAAGAUGUCAAGAGCGAGACGAGCUCAUAUAAUGAUGCUGAAAUUCCACCAUUGAAUAUUCAAAGAGGUUCCUCUGUUAGUGGUGCUGCUAGUUCUGAUAAGAAUGUUACCCCAGUAAUGGACUCUUUGCCAUCACCCAGCACUCCAGCAACUCCCGUAAUGGACUUUGAUGUUACUCCCCAAACAGUUAAGACCAAAAACACAUCUUUAUUGAAUAAACACAAUUCGAUUGAGAUUGAUUUGAAAGCAAAUGAGAAAUACAAGGGUUUUAGAAGAUCCCAAAACGUUGCCGAUGCUCCAGUGCAAGUAGAAAUUCCAAAAUCACCAUCGUUUCAAAAGAUCCACUCCAAUAUGUCUAACAACUUGAAAUCGUUUUUAUCCACACCAGUGGAAGAAGACGAAGAAGAAGAAGAAGAAAGAGGAGGUUCUGGCAAUGUUUUUGCUUCACCAAGAAUUCCAUCAUUUGACCCAAGAAAACGAAGCAGCACUAGCAGAAACGGCAGCACCAGCACCAACAACAGCAAUAAUUCUCUGGACCUGACAAGGAAUAAAAGUUUGCCACAAACACCAAAAAAAUCAAUGUCCAUGGUUGAAGAUGUCGAUGACGAGCUUGAAGAGUUUGCUACUCCAAAACCAAGUAGAAGGGGUUCUUUUUCAGAGUCGUACCAGCCAACAUCAAUCUUUUCUAGAUUGCAAAAUCAACACCCGGCAAUGUUGGCUAUUGCAGAUGAAGAUGCAAAUGAAGAUGCUAAAUCUGACGAUUCGAUUGAUGCUGCUCCUUAUGAUCCAAGACAAAGGAGAAGAAACAACAAGAACAAUAAUGGUGCUACAAAAGUUGAAAUUCCUUCACCAGAAUCUUCUGAGGUUGAUGAGCAAGAGGAAGAACUUUUUUUCAACAAAACCAAACAACAACAACAACAACAACAACAGCAUAAUGUGUCGGCAAUUACUUCUUCUGUUCCAGAGAGAUCUUUAUCACGUGGUGGUCUUACGGGUGGUACCUUUGAUUAUCAAUCAUUUGGUUUGAAAGGACUUGCUCCAAUUGUCGAAGAUGACGAUCAAUCAUCAAAGUACGAAUCUGAUGGUGAGAACCGCAAAUUGAGCGUUAAGCGUUCUGGUGGAUCUGCAUCGAGUGUUGGUGACUCAACUGACUCGAGAACAUCGUCAUUGUCGUUGCACAAUUCAGAUUACAAGUCAUCGAUUAAUUCAAGUGUUGGCCCUGCUGAUUCCGGUAUUAAGGGUGCAGGUAUCACACAGCACCAACGUCAACACAUGAGAAAUGCCUCUGGUGCUUCCGAUGAUUUUCAAUUUGGUGCACCAGCACCACCAAUUUCGCAACAACAACAACAACAACAACAACAACAAGCACACAAGAGAAAACAAUCAAUGUAUUCGCUUUCCAAGAGUUGCUCUGCUUCCGUGUCAUCGAUCAACUCCACUUCAAGAGCCUCAUUGGGGUUCAUGAGAUCUUCAUUUGUAUUGAAGAAGGAGAUGGAGCAACAAGGAUACAACUAUCCUGAGAAUGUUAUGUCUGUACCGGGCACUCCAAGAAUGCAUUCAAAGACCUCAAUGAGUGCUAUGAAUACACCCAAGCCUAUGUACUUGGCUGCUUCUAGAUCAACCACAUCACUUCGAGGUGUUUCGGGUGCAGGUGCAGGUGCUGGUGCUGGUGGCUUCAAAAGCAAAUCCGCAUCAGCCAUGAGUUCUCAGGUUUUUGUUGAUGCCAGUGAUAAUGCAUCAGAGAUGUAUAGCACAUUUGGCAGCAAGUUGCCAAUGCAAAGGCCAGUUACGGCAUCUUUGGUUCCUUCUUCUUUGUCCACUGCUACAGAGCCAGCCAAGAAGGGAUUCUUGCAAAGAAUUACUUCGAUGUUUUCGUCUAAAUCUUCAUCUUCAUCUCCAACUUCAACUCCAAAUGCUUCUGCUGCACCAUCGAGGAAGCAGUCAGUUGCAAAUAUUGUUCAAAAUCCGUACCAAGACAUGGCCUCGAAUGAAAACUCCUUUUCUCACGUGCCACAUCCUAGUGCAUCACAAAUCAAUCUUGCACAAACACGAAAACAACAAAGUAGUUCUCUUUUUGCUCCUCAACAGCAGCAAAUGCACCAAACGCAACACAGGCCAACUAUUACAAGUUCUGCUACCAACUUGUCUUCGCAGACAUCGACACUUGCAGCUACAAGCAAACCAGCAAGUUCUUUGUUUUCUUCUGGUGCUACUGGUAGAGGGGGAGCUGCUAGUGGUUAUAGAUACCAUGGCUCAUCACACGAUUUGCAUUCGGUUUAUUCUGGUGAUUCGGCAUCUACUGGAUUUACUGCAAUGUUUAAGAAGCACGGUGGCAAAAAUGGUGCUGGUGGCGACAAUAUCAAGUUUGUUCCACCACCAACUAAGCACACGAGAAAGGGCAACAAGUAUAAUGUGAAGAAGGUGCCAUAUAGUACAAUCUCGUUGCUCAAGUAA